AGAGAGAGAGAAGAAAAGAAACUUUCAGGAUGACCCAAAACAAAAAUUAUGGCUGACUAAUUGAAUUGAAGACCUGUACUUCUUAGAGUUUAUUAGAUUACGCCAAAAAACAGAAGAAAUUUACUGGAUUUUAGAUACUAAUAUAAUAUAACAGUGAAAAUCUGUUAGGAUUUGUGUCCGCGGGGGGGAAAGUCACCAAAACAAAAAUAUGCAUGAACUAUAUAGCUGACAAGAAAAGUUCUCCUACAGUCUCACACACACACACAUACACAUUCAGAAGUGAACACGUUCAUACACAUGUGUAUAUAAGAUACGCAUUGUCCUUAGACUUGUCAUUCUUUCAUGCUUUUCUCUACGAAGCACACUGUCCACAGAAGUGGAUAGUGAAGUAAAAAAAAAAAAACACUUCCAUACACACACAUUAUUGUUUAUUUAAUUUAAUUUCGUUUUGGUUGUCCUUAUUCUCAAAUUUUCGGAGGGAUUUUCUCUUUUAAAAGUAGCUCUUAUGUCUGAUAAAGUGGAUAAUGCGCUGCCCCAAACAACAAUGGCCCUGGUCGAGGAAAUACAGAACUUCACUGAGAACUCUCAAAGACUCAAACAAAUUCUGGAAGAAACGAAAAGUUUAUACGAAGACAUCAAAAUUAAAACGGCCAAUAUCGACCAACAAGACAGUCCCGAUACUUUACUGCUCAAUGAAGAAAAUGCAGAAAUCAUGUCCGUAUCUUGUAAGCCGUUGACAUUUGUGAUCCUGGGGCAAAGCAUCUACACCAAAAGCUGCAUUGUCAAUGAAAUAAUAGAAGAGGACAUCCUUCCAACGUUUGAUUGCAAUUACGACGAUGAACUAAUCACGCGGGAACUCCUCAUCAAGUAUGGUGAGGUGGCUUGCGCCACUUUCAUUCUUUCCUAUGGUUACACCGUUAUUGAAGGUCUCCAAGGUAAGAAGGACAGCCACCACAUGCAGGUUCACAAAGAUGACAUCGUUAUCAAUAGAGAAGAGGUUACCACAGACAAUGAUACAUUCAGUACUCUUGAAAUCACGCUGGAUGAUAAAAUACUGAACUCUGGAGCACAAAUCAUCGUAGCACCGAGCAAUGUCCCCACGGAAGAAAUGGAAGAAAUACUGAAGAAUUACAUGGAAAAUGUUCUGCCUGUAUUUAUAUUCACAUUCAAGGGUAAAACGCUUUCUGAAAAGGAAAUCGAGGAACUUACCAUACUUCAGCAUUUAUCUUGUUUGGAGCCAAUUCUGUUCGCUCGUGUGUCUCCUACUUGGCAACAGACGAUUGAUACAGAUGCCCCUGAUGGUGCUCCUAAUGAACCUAUCUGUAAAGAACCAAACUGUGUGCCAGAGCGAAUAUCUGAGACACUAAUGUAUCAGUUAGACAGGCUUGGUUUCACUGACAAUUUAGAUGGUCCCAAGAAUAUAACUACAAAUUACUUUGAAGUUGAAACUUGCCUUGUUGAGGACUUGAAGGAUUUUAGUCAGAUGCUGUCACGUUUUGUGGAAAAUAUGCUGAAACGAUAUCUAAUUAAUGCAUCAACUGUACUUUACAAUGUACACGAACGGUGCCUUGGUACCUUCAUUUUAUCUGCUUUUGAGAUGACCAGAGAUCUGCAGAUGACACCUAAAAAGCUAGAAUAUGCUGAGAAAAAAGAGAAAGAGCUCUAUCAAGAACUAAUAGAUAUUUCUGCUUCUAAGCACAAAGAAAUCACAGACAUUAUUCAAGAAACAAUAAGCAGUCUUAUUGAGAAUAUUGAAGAGAAAAUGGUCCAACACCAGUUUGUUGGAAUCGAGAUUUCUGAAGAUGGAGAACUGAAAAACUCUGCUGAUAUAAAACAAUGCACGAGUGAAAUCCAAAACUUUGUGCUUAACGAAUUGAAUAUAGCAAUCGCCGAUAAGCUAAUAAACUCUGUGAAUGUCUUGAAAGAACUUUAUACAGGAACAUUGACAAGGACAUUGGAAACCUUGGAAACAGAUUCUGAAUUUGCUGAUGGUGCCCGAACUACAGAUGCUCUAAAACAGAUAAUGAAUGCUGCCUACCAUGUCCAAAUUACCUUUGAAUCCAGUUCGUCAUUCAUGCGGUUGUUUUUAGAGAAGAUGAAGCAGUUGAUUUUAUUGGUACCCUGGAAGACACCUCCCCGUAUUGAUCUUGCCUGGAAAAACCGAGCUGCUGUGGAGAUCUUAAAUAAUUUAUGCCAAAGCCGGUUAGCAAAGAGCAUUUCAUCACAAAUAAAGGAACGGUUGAAAAAAUCCCACACGACAUUCCUGACAGCUUUGAGGCAGCUUGAGCACAAACAUGUCAACCGAAUGGACAAGAUUGAAGUCUCUCGGAUUCGAGUAAGAAAAAUCCAUGCACCAAAAGUUGCCAAGUUGGCACUGGAAAGUUCAUCGUUAAAAGAUAAUGCUUUCUAUGGGAUUCCUCAAAUGGGUCGUGAAGUAGGGCGAGGCCAGUACGGUGUUGUAUAUUCCUGUAAUUCUUGGGGAAAUUAUUCUCCAUGUGCCAUCAAAUCUGUGAUCCCUCCUGAUGAAAAACAUUGGAAUGACUUGGCCAUGGAACUAUUUUAUGCCAAGAAUAUUCCGGAACAUGAUCGUAUCGUAUCCAUCCGUGGUUCUGUGAUAGACUAUAUGUACUGUGGCGGUUUAUCUCCAGCUGUCUUGCUAAUAAUGGAUCGGUUACAGCGAGAUUUACACACGGCCAUUAAGCAGCACCUAGACUGGUUAAGUCGAGUGCAAGUUGCUAUUGAUGUAGUUGAAGGAAUCCGUUACCUUCACAGUCAAGGUUUGGUACACAGAGAUAUAAAGAUGAAAAAUGUUCUACUUGACAAACAGAAUCGUGGUAAAUUAACUGAUCUUGGAUUUUGCAAACCAGAGGCAAUGAUGAGCGGCAGUAUUGUUGGCACACCCAUACAUAUGGCACCAGAGUUAUUUACUGGUCGAUACGACAACAGUGUUGAUAUUUAUGCUUUUGGCAUCCUGUUUUGGUAUAUCUGUUCUGGAAAGGUUCAACUACCAGUGGCGUUUGAUGACUGUACAAGCAAAGACCAUCUCUGGCAUGCUGUUAAACGAGGUUUACGUCCUGAGAAGCUAAAAGCGUUCAGUCCUGAAUGUUGGAACAUUAUGCAACAAUGCUGGCACUCGGAGCCAUCGAUGCGGCCUCUCUUAGGGGUUGUUGAAAAUAGAUUACGCACCAUUCAACAACUGGCAUGGAACAAUUUUGAUAAAGUCAACCCGACUGAACUCCCUGCCAAAAGUCAGCCCAUCACAACCAAAUGGUUCACGAGAGCCAAAACACCAAUUUAAUGUAUGUCAAGUGUGUAUGUAUCAGAGAGUGAGAGAGAGAGAGAAAGAGAGAGAGAGAGAGAGACGGGGGGGCGGGGUUACAGAUAUAUUUUCACGUGUUUAUUGUAAAUUGAAACCGACGGGGGAGCCAAUUACAUUGUUGAUUGACCUGUUAAAAACUAACGCUCAUAUCUCUUUGAAUCACACCUUAUUGCCU